CCCGGGGCCGGCAGCAGCAGCAGCAGCACUGGCUGCCCGUGCCCAAGGCCGCGCUGGGUGGCGGCGGGGGCAGCACCACCUCUAGUCCCGUAGGCAGCGCGGCGGCACCCGCCCCAGCCCAGUCCCCGUCCCUGUCCCCGUCCCGCCGCCUCGGAGCCAUGGCCGACAGUCUGCGGAGGCUGGUCAGCCAGGGGAGCUGCCGGCUGCUGCAGGACAAGCUGGAGAGCUGGUACCAGGACUACCACAUUAACUCUUGUGAUCAGAAUCUGAACCGAUGUUGUGAAAUCAUAGAAAUAAACUCCAUGAUACAGGGGCAACUCUUCACCAUCCUCAAUCAAACAGCCCGAGAAGGUGGGCAUUAUGCAGGUGUAGAAACAAUAAAAUCUCGUCUUUUGCCAUGGCUUGGAACUUGUUUUUCCAGUGCUGCUUCAGGAAGGCCCUUUGAAACCAAUCUCUCUCUCAUUCAGGAUUCAGUUGAGAAAGAAAGGCAGCUGAGAGAAUUUGCCAGCACAAAGAACUAUGAAUUGCAAGAGCUGGAGAAAGAACUGAACUCCACACGUUUGCAGCUCAGCCAUGUCCAACAAGAUCUGGCAGAAGCCCAGUUGGCUCUUGAAGACACAAAGACCAAAUCAGCCACUACCCUUUUGGCAGCAGAGGAUGAAAUUGUUCAGCUAAAAACAGCUCUGAAGGCUUCCCAAGCAAAGGAGGAGAGUGCUCUGAGGAAUCUGGGCCAUCUGAAUGACUAUGAACAACAGAUUCAAAUAUUGAAGGAUGAAAUCGCCAUCCUGGGUGCUCAGAAAUCUGUUCUUCAAAGCAGACUUGCACGGAGUCGCUCUCCUUCCCCCACACGCACCCGGAGCAGGUCACCUAGUCCUCUUCCCUUGAGGAGUUGCUCCCCUGGCCGAGCCCGGCUCACAAAUGCUUCACGUCAUGCCCAUCUAGUCGCCCGCUUUAAUGAGAUUUAUACACAAGAACGCUUGGAUGCACAGACCCUUUUAAGGACAUAUGUGGAUGAUCCAGAGAUGGUCCAGAGGAUAAUAUAUGUUGCAGCGGUGGAGUCUUUCCAUGCAGCAAAGAUGGCCUUCAGACAGUUCAAACUGCGUGUGAGAAAGACUGUGUCUUUAAGUUACUCAGGUCCUGAGUCACUUGAAGACAUUGUCUUGGACUACAUAGUUCGCCAUGAGGAUCUUUAUGAUGUUCAAACCACUGUCAAUGAAGUGAUUCGUGCCAUGAAUAUCAAUCCUAAAAUUUCAUUCCCACCAGAAGUUGACUUCAUUAUAAUCAGCAGUUUGAUACGGGAGUUGUGCCAUGUCGCUUUUUCAAUGCAGACAUUGAUUCCUCCUGUGGAUAUUGCAUUUGGUGCAGAUGGAGAACUUUUUAAUGAGUCCAAGUACCGCCGCAGCUAUGACUCUGAUUUCACAGCCCCAUUGGUGGCCUACCAUGUAUGGCCUGCUCUGUUGGAAAAUGAUACCAUAAUUGUGAAGGGAGAAGCGGUUACAAAGAGAGGUGCUUUGUGGUCUUCCAGGAGCAGAAGCCGCAGCCGUAGCAUGAGCCCUGUGCUAUCUCGUCGAGGAAGCCCCAGCAGAACAUUGUUAUCUCGAAGUCGCAGCCCUUCCCCAUUAAGGAGUGGAAGCCCAAGACUUUAAAUUAACUGGAUAUAUUUCUGUGGUUCUGUACAUCUGGAUCAGCCAACUUCAGUGGUGCCACCUUCUCUUCCAAGAGUACCUCGUAUCUCUCAAUACUGUGAAAGGCAGUUUGUCACUCCAAGUGGAGGGUUAAAUGUUGUUUUUGCUUUAGUGUGUUUUUAUAACUUUAGGAGGUUUAUUUAUCACUAGACAAACUCAUUCAAUCAAUUUGAUAAAAGAAAAAAUGCACGCUUAGGAUCUGUGGAUAAGAUAUUAAACAGCUCCGAGGAACCCGUGAUGAAAUACAAAAAACAAGUAUGUAGGUUCUGACACUGUUUUUACCUCAUGUAUCCAAAUUUAUCUUGGUAGGUCAC